CCCCCCCGCCUCCAUUUUGUUCGCGGACGCUGGGGACAGUGGGAGCAGAUCUAUUUCCGGGUUGGCAAAAGGGGCGGCGGCGGCGAGAAAGGGAGCUGGCCGGGCGGGGGUCGAGCAGAACGGGACCAAGUCGGAGAGGAGUCGGCGGCGGAAGACUUGCUGCCGGAGCCGCUGUGGCCAGGUAUAUGAGUGACCUAAAGCUGCAAAUUAAAACGGAGAGAGAGCAGUGCCAACUGCGAGCUGGGCAAGGAUGCCAAUUCCUCCUCCCCCUCCACCCCCUCCUGGUCCUCCUCCACCUCCCACUUUUAAUCAGGGAAACACAGAGCAGAUCAAGCUGAGUAGAGAUGAACAGCGGGGUCGAGGUGCCCUCUUACAGGACAUCUGCAAAGGGACCAAGCUGAAGAAGGUGACCAACAUUAAUGAUCGGAGUGCUCCCGUCAUAGAGAAACCCAAAGGAAGCGGUGGUGGUUAUGGCUCUGGAGCAGGUGCCCUGCAGCCCAAGGGAGGUCUCUUCCAAGGAGGAGUGCCGAAGCUCCGCCAUGUGGGAGCUAAGGACGUUUCAGAGAACCUAGCUGGUAAGCCAGCCCUGCAAGUUCCCAGUUCUCGAGCUGCUGCCCCAAGGCCUCCAGGGUCUACAGCCAGUGGGCGCCCUCAAGAUGAUACCGACAGCGGCCGAGCCUCACUCCCAGAACUGCCCCGGAUGCAGAGACCUUCAUUACCGGACCUCUCUCGGCCUAUCACCACCAGCAGUCCGGGCAUGAAGCACAGCUCCUCUGCCCCUCCUCCGCCACCACCAGGGCGGCGUGCCAACGCACCCCCUGCACCUCUGCCUAUGCACAGCAACAAAGCCCCAGCCUACAACAGAGAGAAACCCUUGCCACCCACACCCGGACAAAGGCUUCACCCUGGUCGAGAUGGACCUCCUGCUCCACCCCCAGUCAAACCACCUCCUUCCCCUGUGAAUAUCAGAACGGGACCAAGUGGCCAGUCUCUGGCUCCUCCUCCUCCGCCUUACCGCCAGCCUCCAGGGGUCCCCAAUGGACCCUCUAGUCCCACUAAUGAGUCAGCCCCUGAGCUGCCACAGAGACACAAUUCUUUGCAUAGGAAGACACCAGGGCCUGUCAGAGGCCUAGCACCUCCUCCACCUACUUCAGUCUCUCCUUCUUUACAGAGUAAUAGGCCACCUCCCCCAGCCCGAGACCCUCCCAGUCGGGGAGCAGCUCCUCCACCCCCGCCACCCAUGAUCCGAAAUGGUGCCAGGGAUGCUCCCCCUCCCCCACCACCAUACCGACACGGGUCAGAACCUCUGAGCCGAGGAAAGCCCCCACCCCCGCCCUCAAGGACGCCAGCUGGGCCACCACCUCCUCCUCCUCCACCCUUGAGGAAUGGCCACAGAGAUUCUAUUACCACUGUUCGAUCUUUCUUGGAUGAUUUUGAGUCAAAGUAUUCUUUCCAUCCAGUAGAAGACUUUCCUGCUCCAGAAGAAUAUAAACACUUUCAGAGAGUAUAUCCCAGCAAAACAAACCGAGCUGCCCGUGGAGCCCCACCUCUGCCACCCAUUCUCAGGUGAAGCCUGGCUUGGUCCUGUUCCUCAGGAAAAGGAUGGACCCUCUCCUCCUCUCAGAUGGUCCCUCCCAUUCCCCUGAAACCUGCAUGAGAACUCCUGACGUGUUUCUCCAGUGCAACCAACCUCUAGACUCCAAGCAUCCUCCCAGCUCGCCUCCAUCUAUGCAUCUCAUCUUCUGGACUUGGUGAUUGGACUCUAUAUUGACAGUAGGGUCUCAAACCCUGCGUCCAUCCCUCCUCUAGCAAUCCCUGCUAGCCAGAUGAGGAAACAGCUUCCAAGUCGCCUGCUUUCCUCGUGGGGAAAGGUGCCUUGUUGUGAUGAAUUAACUCAUUGUUGGGGCAGGGCGGAGAAUGGUACUCCUACCUCCUCCUACCCACUUUGGGGGAAGCGUGGCGGGUAUAUUUCAUCAUUUAGGAAGCUGACAUGGCUGGCCAGGACUUGGGGGUUGGGGACAUUUUUAGUGAAACAAGAAAGGAGUUUGCAGAGAAGUGAUCUGUUUUAAAGGUCAAGUUUGGAGAAAGGACAAGGGAGUGGGUCUGCUUUAUUUUCAGGGGCAUUUUGGUUUUGCUCUUACCCUACCCCAUACCCUCACUCCAGGAUAAGUUGGAUAUAAACACUAAAUACUAAUCAGUUGAACUAAACAGCUAAUAAAAAGGGAGGGUAAAUAAACUGGCGAGCCUUUUAGCGUUAGUCAGUUUCCCUGCAGCAAAGGGACCAGGAGCCAUUUGAGUCCUGGGGCUCCCCACCCCAUUCCUCAGGGUGCUGGGCUGAGGGACACUGUUUCUUCCCACCACCACCCAGGCCCUCAAGAGAAAAGUCACUUUUGUUCAUUCCAUGUUCACAAACUCCAGAAACUUCUAUGAGAGAGAGGAAGAUAGGGCUGGGGUCUUGGUCUUAUCUAAGACCUUGAGUCCACCUCAGUCUUUUCUGGCUGGUCCUGAAGGGCAGGGGUCCACUCAGUCCUGUCCAGGAACUACAGCCCUUGCUCGGUACGCCACACUGACAAAGAAGGGAAGGUGAAGCUUGUAGAGUUCACAGCCCACUCACUGAAAGGACCUUCCUAUUCUUCUCUCUCCACCCUUGCCUUUCCAAGACGGAGGGGUGAACAGCAGAGUAGAGAACGGGGAGGAAGCUCAUGAGUCAAAGAUUCCUCUGUGCCAAGAAACACAAAGACUUUGGUGAGAUGACUCUCAGCCCAGUUAUCUUCUUUGGCAGCCACCAAUAUGUUGUGUCUUCGUCUUCCAGGUCCUAGUUCAAGAACAGCAGAAUAGGGCUCCUGGGCUCCACACACAGGUGUUUGGUUUGCUACUGCCAAGUGCAGAGGCUACUCAAAGCUUGAAGUAAGAGCAAGGAGGCCCAGGUGACUUUUUGGGAUGGUUGGGGAAAGUCUGUUAAAAAAUUACAUCACAGGCUUGAACUAUUUUAGGGACCUUUCCAGCCUAUUGGAUCAUAGACUGAGGAUCUGUGCGUGGUGCCGGAUGAAACCCAAGUCUUCCCAGUGCUAGAAGAGAGAGGGCUCAUCUUGGGUUAUUUGUAUGGGGUCUGCUAUCCUUUAUCAUCUCCUGGACCAUAUUGCCUCUUGGGACAAGCAGUGAUUAGGUCUGUCAUCACACUUCUCUAACCAUUAUCAUUCUUAUUUUCAGACCUGUUAGUAGUUAUCUCCCAGCUAUGUCCCUGGCAUCCUGAAGUGAAUAGAGCUGAGAGAGGGGACACUAAUGGAGGGAGAACAAGAGUGGCUACUGCAGCAGCGUUCCAGGGUAGAUGCUGAUCAGUUACUCAACUUGGACUGUGAAGUCUUCCCAUUUAUUUUUGAAAUGGGAGUUGAUGCCUUUUGUAUAAUGUUAUAGAAAUGUAUUUUUUCCCCUUUCCUCAAACAUAGAACAUCAAAAUAAGUAUCACAAGUGAAAGCCAAACCACAGCUUUUCAUUGGGGCUGAUACCUUCCUCCCCUGUGACCUGCUGCUCAUAUUCCCCAGCAUUUGGACUGUGUCACAUGGGUAUUGAUUAUUUUCAUUUUCUUGGCCUCAUGGGAAAAGGCCUCAGUCUAAAUCUAGUUAGAUGCAUUUUCUUCAGCGCAUGUUGGUGACACGGUACUUAUUUAAAUGUCUUUUGCCUUAUACAUAUUUCGUCCCUCUGUUAAUAACAGAUUUAUUAUCAUGUAUAUUUACUAUUGAAGAAUGGGAAUGUGAUCCUCAUAGUUAUUGAUCUAUUUUGUAUGUUGUAAAAAGCUUGUAAUAUAGAUUGAAGGUGGGCUGGCUGCAAGAGCACUACAACUUCUCACCUUUUAAAUGGCUUUUUAUCUGUUUAUGGCAAUGUUGUCUCUUCCAUGGGAGAUGGGUGGUCUCAUGUUGAGGCUAUUGCCCAGUCCCAUUAACCCCUUCUCCCCUCCCAGAAGGAGGAGGCAUUGCCCAACUAAGCAGGAAGCUGUGUUAAAAGCCCUUGUGUGGGUUUGAUUUCAUGAUGUUUUUCUCUAGGGGGGAAAACUUAAUACUAUAGUUGUUUCUUACCGCCCUUUCUGGGAAGUAGGGCAGUGGCCUCCAGGUUUUUAAAUGAGCUUAGAUGCCCUCCUUCCCUCCUCUUCUCUGGUCACCAAACCUGGAUCAAAGCACUUGGAUAUUCCAGGUGUGGUUUUCUGUGUCAUGGGGAUUUCCUCCAGCAACAGAGCCCUAUCAUUUUCCCAGCCUGGUUGCACAGAGAGAGGGUCGAGGGCUACCCCACCCAGUGGAUGUGAAGCUGCUGUCUCCAGAAAUUCAUCCCAGUCCUUCCAGCUGGCAAAGGCAGAGAGACUAGCCACUGGCCAUUGCACUGGGGGCACCCCCUCACCCCAUAGUUUCCCAACUUGAAACCCAGAUUUACCUCCAGGGAGAGGUGAGGAAAAUUGUAAAUAGACUUGCUACAGAGCAACUCAGGUUGGGGUGUGUUUUAAUUCUCCUGAUCACUUGAAAUAAUCUGUAGGCUGAGUGCUUAUGGGAGUGGGGGAGAAGGGUGGCUCCAGGGUCUGCUGCGGAGCUCUGGGGGUGGAGUGUAGGGCAUCUGAGGCCCUUUGAUGGCACUACACUGAGCUGUCUGUCCUUCUGGAAACCCAACCUACAAUCAACCACAGAUCAAAUUCUUCACAUUCCAGUUGUAGUUUCUUUCCCUAUUAAAUCUCAGUCCCUGGCUAUGUAGUUAGGGUAGCUUUCUGGGCCGCCCUAAACUUAGGGAGUGGAAGGCAUUACAACUCUGCCUUCAAGACUCAUCAAAAUGAAACAAAACUACAACCACCUUCAAAACAUACAAAAAAAAAAAAAGAAUAACUGUUUAACUGAAGGAAGGGUUUGGUUCCAUUCAACUCCACGUUCAUUGUGCCUUUACUUGUGUUAGAUUUCUGUGCUUUCUUCCUCUCUCCCUCUUUGAAGCAAUUAAAAUCUUCCUUGAUAACUGCCGUUUCCUUCUUUCUACUCUUGUUUCUGACAUCAGUGCGUUCCCUAAUUGUCUUAAAUCUCAUUUUACUGAUGGCAGAGGGGCCAAGCCUACUUUUCUCAUAUCUAUCUUUCGUCAUUUCCCAACACUACCAGCAUGGAAGUCAGUCAACACUGAAUAAAAGACUAGAAUGCAUGUGUGAAGAGCGUGAAUGUGUAUAUGUGUGUCAGUUUUCUUUUAAAAAAUAAUUUAUUGUGUGAUUUAUUUUGGAGUUGUAUUCUGAUUAUAGUGCUCCCUCUCCCAAUUAGCAUUGAUUUUUUUUCCAACCCCCUAAAAAAUGUAUAAUCUGGUCUCAGGUUGGAUUCUUCGGUACAUUUGUUUCUCCUGGAUGCCGUGCGGUUUAAUUAAAUGUUGCUUACAAACAAAACCAAAAA